AUGACUACGAUGCGUGCGAUCGGUGUGAAAGGCGACAAAGGCCCCGCCACCUCUCUCUUUGUAGAUGAGAUCGCCAAGCCUGUCCCUGCUCCUGGACAGGCACUUGUCAAGGUCAAGGCUUUCGGAUUGAACAGGAUGGACCUGUUGCAACGCGAGGGAUUGUAUCCUCUUCCCCCGCAGGCUCCGUCUACUCUUGGAGUCGAGUUUUCAGGAGUUGUGGUGGAGCAUGCGAGUGAAGGCUGUGGCUUCAAGGUUGGAGAUGAGGUAUUUGGACUGGCUUACGGAGGCGCCUACGCGGAGUACAUCGCUGUGGCGACCAAGAUGCUGGUUCACAAGCCGGCUCAUAUGUCGUGGGAAGUGGCUGCUGGUAUCCCAGAGACUUGGAUUACAGCCUCGCAAGCUCUUUUCCUGAUUGGUGACUUCAAAGCUGGGCAGUCCGUUCUUUGGCACGCCGGAGCUUCAUCGGUUUCCAUCUCGGGCAUUCAGCUUGCCAAGGCCGAGGGGGCCAAGGCGAUUUACGCCACAGCCGGAUCCCAGGAGAAGGUCGACUUCCUGGAGAAGGAGUUGGGGGUGACCAAAGCAUUCAACUACAGGACGCAGGAUUGGGCAGCGGAGAUCCAAAAGCUCACAAACGGCGAAGGUGUCAACCUGACCGUGGACUUUAUCGGAGCCACUUACUUCCAGGGCAACUUGGAUGUGGCAGCACGCGAUGGGCGUGUGGUGCUGUUGGGAUUGAUGGGUGGGGGCAAGUUGCCGGACGGGGUGAAUAUCGCACCAUUGCUGUUCAAGCGAAUCCGUGUGGAAGGAAGUACACUUCGCAGUCGUGAUGUUGAAUAUCAGCAGAAGCUGCGGGAUACCCUGGUUUCGCAUGCGAUGCCCCGAUUCGAGGAUGGAACAUUCAAGGUAUUUGUGGAGAAGGUGAUGCCAUUUGAGAAGAUUGUGGAGGCGCACCAAUUGCUGGAGAGCAACACCACCAAGGGAAAGAUCAUCUGUGUGAUUGAGUAA